AUGAAGACCGUGGCAGCUAUUCCAGCGCUUUUUGCCGGCCUCUCUAUUGCCGGCCCUUUGCAAGCCCGCCAGUUACCGGAUCGCUUUGAUAUAAAUGGCUUUUCUGUGCAGUGCCAGACCUCUAGUUGCGAGGUCAAGUUUGGCGUGACUCUCCCUGAUAGAUCCGGCGGCUGCGUUAUUGCCUUCCCGGGCAUCCGUGCAGGCAUACCGGAUUUCCCCCUACGAUCCGUGUGCGACCAACCCGACAUUGGCUAUGAAGUGAUUAUGCACGAUCAAGGCUUUGGGGGGAUCGACUUUUCGGUUGACUGGAAUUAUGCGUCUGGGAAAUACCUCGUGGGCAACCAUUCGAUUCCUGGAAGCCAGUGGCAGGCGUUUGGCGACGGUGACGACCUUCUGGAGCGCUAUACGGGUCCAAAAGACUUUUCUAUUAGCGACUUGCAGGUAGCUUCGAGUAUUUGA